AGCUACCACUGAGGGAGUCAACAUCCCCAUGGUUGUUACCCAACCAGCAAACUCUGCCUCUGUGAUGUCGUUAGGAUUAACUCACAUCCCCACACCAAGCAUGGCGACGCCAUUCACGGUUCCAAUCCCUUCUGCUGGUCCAAGGGUCACAUUCCCACCAAGCAUGACCCAGUUCAUGAAUGACCCGGCCAACCUACAAGCCAUCCAAGGCUUUGGCCAGGUCAUGGCCAUGUGCAAGCAGAACGGGGGAAUGCCAUUCCUCCAUGGAAUGUUUCCAUUCGCCCUUCCUGGCGCUGGAACAAUGCCCCUGCAAACUCCAAUGACGGACCCACAAAAAGAAGAAAGGAAAAACCAUCCGGCCAACAACUUCUUGAACUCCGCCUUUGAAAGGCUUGGGAAUAAGGAAGAAGGUCAGAGGAAGUCGGCCAAGCUGAGAUUGGGGCAGAGCGUUGCCCAUCAGAUGGAAGCCAAAUUGGAGAGGCUGGAGAACAAAGUGGGGGAGAAGAACGACCGGGAUAAACCCCUUGCCGGGUCCCCGUUCACUUCAAGGGUCCAUCUGACACCCUUCCCACAAAAGGUCAAGAUAGACGCCCUUACUGGGAAGGAAGAUCCAGAAAUUCACCUGGACUCCUUCAAUCAAAGGAGCAUUGAUUCAGUCAACGACUUGUCCUCGAAAUUCAAGGCCAAGUUCCAGGAGAAUUGUACCAAGAGGAAGAAGUUAACCUAUCUCAGUACACCCGGCCAAAGGGAAUCAGAGAAUCUAACUCAAUCCCUUACCCGAUGGACAGAGGAGUUGGACAAGGUGGAGGAAAUGGAUGACAAGAUAGUCUUGUCCCUCUUGUUGAAUGGCUUGCGUGCAGGGGAACUAUACAAAGAGUUCUUUCGUAUGCCACCGGUCACAUACCAAGAAGCCUACCACACGGCUUGGGAGUUUGCGAAAGCUGAAACCCAUCUACGAGCAAAAAAAGAGGCUGAACACAGAUUCAAGCCCAAGCUGGUGCAGAUCAAGAAGGAAGAAGCACCGGGACCCAUCCGGCCAAGGCAUCAUUACGACUCGGUCAUCCGUGUAGUCAAUACAAAAGAAUGCCAAUAAGUGAGGAGAGAAUUUGGUGAUGUUCUUGCCAAUCUCAAAGAAGCAGAACUCAAGGCAACUUUGGCUCAAGCUUCUUAUGAACUACACCCUUCCGAUUCUAACAGGGAGGCAGAUCAUAAAGCUAGAGCUGAACU